UUGUUCCCUCUCCCGCAGACAGUGGUCGCUGCACGGGCGGAUUGGGAUGGAUUUAUAGCAAGGGAAAUCGCUGCGUUAUGAAUUUCAUAAAAUCUUUGCUUCUCGGUUGUGGACUGUAUUCUUUCGAGAUUUUGCCAGAUUUGUUUACUCACUCUCCUCUGUUGAAUACGUAAGAACGGAAGAACUGUACGGUUUUUGAAAGCAUCUAGUUGUUUGUAAAGCAGGCCGCGCAGUCCUCGGAUUUUCCCAAAAAUUCGUCCGGCAUGGUGCGCUCGGCCCUCGGUACACUUGCGGCAUUUCACACCCGGCGCCGAACCAUGAUGUGCACCUAGCGCCCAGUUCGACUGCAGUGGACGUAGUAGUGAAGCUUUCUAAUUUACGAUUGACUGAGAGCUGUUGUCACUGCCAGCAUACUUCAUAUACAACACUCUACUGUAAAUAUAACAGCCUUUACAGCACUGCAAGCUGAUUUGUGAACCGCUCUGAAGUGAAGUUGACUCUCCACAGAGGCAACUAAGUGAACUGUGGUGCCAAAACAGAAGCAAUACCAUAUUAUUUAAGACUUUUUUAUAUUGACAUUUGGCCAGGGACUUUAGAAUGGCAUCUGUUCCCGUUUACUGCCUGUGUCGUCUCCCUUACGAUGUCACCCGAUUCAUGAUUGAGUGUGAUGUUUGUCAGGACUGGUUUCAUGGCAGUUGUGUUGGAGUGGAAGAGGAUAAAGCGGCAGAAAUUGAUCUGUAUCACUGCCCUAACUGCCAGGUGUCACAUGGACCCUCUGUCAUGCGUAAACGACGGGGGGCUCCUAAGCAUGCUGAUACUAGUGUGGGGAGAGAAUCAGGACGACCUGUGAAGACGGGCAGUGCUCAGUUUGUCAGGGAGCUACGCAGCCGCACUUUUCCCAGUGCUGAUGAAGUCCUGCUGAAGCCAACCGGGGCCCAACUCACCGUUGAGUUUCUAGAGGAGCGCUCUUUCAGCGUCCCGGUCCUGGUCCUCAGGAAAGAUGGCCUGGGCAUGAAUCUGCCCCCGUCGUCCUUCUCUGUAUCGGAUGUAGAGCAUUAUAUUGGAGCUGACAAGGAAAUUGACGUGAUCGAUGUCGUCCGCCAAGCAGACCUGAAGAUGAAACUGGGAGAGUUUGUGGAGUACUAUAACAGCCCAAACAGAGACCGAGUGCUGAAUGUGAUCAGCUUAGAGUUCUCAGACACCAGGUUGUCAAAUCUGGUGGAGACACCAAAGAUCGUGAGGAAGCUGUCAUGGGUGGAGAAUCUCUGGCCUGAGGAGUCUGUCUUUGAGAGGCCUAAUGUGCAGAAAUACUGCCUGAUGGGAGUGAAGGACAGUUACACGGACUUUCACAUUGACUUUGGAGGAACCUCUGUGUGGUACCACGUACUCCGGGGUGAGAAGAUCUUUUAUCUCAUUCGUCCCACUGCUGCUAACCUGUCCCUUUUUGAGUGCUGGAGUUCAUCCACCAAUCAGAAUGAGCUGUUCUUUGGGGACCAGGUAGACAUGUGCUACAAAUGUUCAGUUAAGCAAGGAAACACCCUCUUCAUCCCAACAGGGUGGAUUCAUGCUGUCCUGACCCCUGUGGACUGUUUGGCAUUUGGGGGAAAUUUUCUACACAGCCUCAACAUUGACAUGCAGCUUCGAGCAUAUGAGAUAGAAAAGCGUCUGAGCACGGCAGACUUAUUCAGGUUUCCAAACUUUGAAACGGUGUGCUGGUAUGUUGGCAAGCAUCUGCUCGACACCUUCAGAGGUCUGAGAGAAAAUCGACGGCAUCCUGCCACUUAUUUGGUCCACGGAGCCAAAGCUCUCAAUAAUGCUUUCCGUAGCUGGACACGGAAGGAAUCCCUGGCUGAGCAUGAACUCGAGAUACCGGAGACCAUAAAGAUCCAGCAGCUAGUGAAGGACUUGGCCAAGGAGAUACGGCUGGUUGAGGAUAUCUUCCAGCAGAACAUCGGCAGGAGUGGGGCACCCUUUGGUGGCUCUCAGGGUCUUCCCUCUCCUCACCCCAAAGCUCCAUUGAACACAUCCUUCAAUUUUGGCCAGCACCCAGGUAAAAAGAAAGGUCCCAAGCUGAAGGAUGGAUUUGGAGGAGUGGGCAUAGGCCCUCCAGGAGCUAAGAAAAAGAGCCAAAAAGGCAAAGAGAUAAAGACAGAAGCCGGAGAGCUGGACCUACUCGAAAUUCAUACUAAACACACGCUCAAGAAGUUCCAGCCAGGGUGCAAAGUCAAAAAGAGCAAGCUUGAGCUGCCCGAUGACUGUCUAGAUGACUUUGAAGAGAAGAUCAACAAGAGCAAGCUCAAGCUCGUGCUGACUAAUGGAAAGAUACAAGGGAAAAAAGGUCGUGCUGGCAGUGCAAAUGGAGCCGGGAGUUCACUUCAACAGUUCCAGCCCCACAUGGCUACUUUGUCCGACUUUGAUUCUGAAGAUGAGCUUCAGAUUGAUGAAACCCCUCCACCUCGCCGUAGACCAUCUCUACCAAGCAAGAAGAAAUUAGCUGGUCUACCAAGGAAACUACCUCGGGCCAAACCAUGCAGCGACCCCCACAGAAUCCGUGAGCCAGGAGAAGUGGACUUUGAUAUUGAGGAGGAUUACACCACAGAUGAGGAGAUGCUCACAGUGCAAGGUGUGAAAGGUGGAGCAGGUGGGAUUUUAGACUUGCUCAAGGCAAGCAAACAGGUGGCGGGUCUCGAUUCUGCACUGAGUGAGGAAGCACCAGCCUCCCCCAGCACCCGUGAUGCUAUCCAGGGCAUGCUCUCAAUGGCCAACCCUCCAUCUUCCUCAUCUUCUUCCUCCUCCUCCUCUCCUCUCUCUAUCUCCGGAGGAGGUGAGAUGAUGGGGCUUUUGAAGGAGAAAGGCGGGAGAGCUGGGUGGAUAAGUGGAGUAAAGAAGAACGAGAAGAAGUCCACCAUUCAGAGGCCAGGGAAACGGCCCAUCAAGCGUCCAGCACGGCACCUCAGUGAUGAAGAAAGCUUGGAUGAACAGGAGACCCUGGGUACCUGUUUUAAAGACUCUGAUUAUGUGUAUCCGUCACUAGAAUCUGACGAGGAGGACCACUUAAGCAAAUCCAAAAUGAAAAGAAAGAGAAACUGGGAUGAUACACCCUGGAGUCCUAAAGCCCGUGUGACCCCUACACUGCCCAAGCAGGAGCGACCGGUAAGAGAGGGUGCCAGGGUGGCAUCUGUUGAAACUGGGCUUGCAGCUGCUGCUGCCAAACUGGCACAACAGGAACAGCAGAAAACCAUAACCAAGAGAAGAUACACCAAGAAGAAGGUCCCUCAAGAGAAAGUACAUUCUGCAGCUGCCCAACUCCAGCGUCAGCCGGACUCUCCACCCGUGUCUCCUCCUCUGCCCUCUGAGCCUCCUGUGGACUGCAUAGUUGAAGAGAGGAGAGUGGAGGUGUACUCUGCCAGCCUGCUGGACCACGAGUACACAGCAGGACCAGGUCCGUUCAGCCCUGGGGGUCCAAGAGGAAGUGGUGCCAUGGCCCCUGGCGUGUUCCUGACUUCAAGACGCCACUCUCUUUCUCCCCAAAACAGCAGCAGCUACUCUCCCUCUGCCCCCUCACCUGGAGGUCUGGCAACUCCAACAUCAGCAGGAGCGUGUCAAGGGAAACGUCCAAAGAAAGGACUUGCCACAGCUAAACAGAGACUGGGAAAGAUUCUGAAAAUACAUCGAAACGGCAAGCUUCUCCUCUAGAUUGAUAUGGAGAAGAGACUGCAGGGAACAAUAGAGGUGGAGAAAACAAAUGAGGAUGAGAGGACCUGAAUGAUAAUGGAGUUAAAUUAUGUGACUGUUUAUGGUUUUAUGGUUCUGCUUGACUGGUUUUAUUUGCUUCAUCUGGGCGAAAAGU